ACGUCACGUCCGGUGAGUGUAUUGUUUGCUUGUUGCGUUGCCGCCAGUCGCUCUUUUCCUAGUGCUCUUCAGUCGUUUUUAUUCCACGAUUUAACUUAAUACUUGGUUAAAUUUAGUCUCUGGUUGGCUCAGUACACACCCGGAGCCAACAAUAACAUCUGAUCCUAGCUAAAAAGUUUGUUUAAAGUUUGUUCAUAGAUUAAAAACAACUUUUCCUUUUAGCUCCGCUAGCCUUGCUUAACCGAGCUAUGGCUAGCCCUCUGCCUUCACCUUCUUCCCGUCUGUUCUGCUCAGUGUGCUGUAUGUAUAGUGAGCUCCCUGCCUCCUUUACUGAGGAUAGAAGCAGCUGUAGGAAGUGUAGUUUAGUGUCAGGGUUGGAGGCCAGGGUUUCUGAGUUAGAAGCACGGCUCUGCACUUUGGAGGCUAAGGCUAAACCUAGCUAUACCCAGGUAGCAGCAGGGACCGCAGGUCGUGCUUGUAGUAGCAGGAAUGUUAGCGUGGUUAGCCCCCCAGCGAGUCCCGUGCAGCCGGGAGAGACCAGGGACGGAUUUGUGACAGUACGGGGGAAGCGCAGUGCUAAACGCAAAAACUUAGUGCACCAACAGCUUCCCGUCUGUAAUAGGUUUGAUCCCCUCAGCGACACACCGGCUGAACCGGAUACACUCGUAAUUGGCAGCUCCAUAGUCAGAGACGUGAAGCUCCCAGCGGUGUCUGUCAGGUGUUACCCAGGGGCCAGAGUCGGUGACAUCGAAGGAAACCUUAGGCUUUUACAGCAGAGUAGGACUAGGUUUCGCCGGAUCGUUAUUCACGCAGGUGGUAACGACGCCCGGCGGAGACAAUCUGAGGUUCUUAAAUUGAAUGUAGCCUCGGUGUGUAAACUUGCUAGGUCGAUGGCUGACACCGUAGUAUUCUCUGGACCCCUGCCCAAUUUGGUCAAUGAUGAGAUGUACUCUAGGUUCUCAUCAUUUAACUGCUGGUUGUCUAGAUGGUGCCCAGAAAACGACAUUGUUUUUAUUGACAAUUGGCGUGCGUUCUGGGGAAAGCCCGGGCUCAUUCGCAGAGACGGCGUACAUCCCACUUGGGAGGGUGCCUGUCUUUUAGCUCACAAUCUGGCCGCUAGCCUUUGUCUUCCAAAGUGACCCUUCAGAGUGGGGGCCCGGGAGCAGAGUUGUAGUGUAAAACACUUCUCUGUUAAUCACUCACUUCCUCCCGAGCUGUCACACAUCCAGUGUUUAGGAAAGAAGAUAGAGACUGUGUCUGUUCCUCGUGUAGUAGAGACUCAAAAACCUAACCCUAUAGAGACUUUAGGAGUGAGAC